CAGCAUGCCCAAGCGAGCAGCUCCCGGUGCUGUGCCAGUCGGGCCGUCAGCUGGCACUGGUCCCGGAGUGCUGCGUGGAGCCGCCAUAUUCGCGGUCUCGCCCCUUCGCAAGCUCAUCGCGCCCUUCCCGCCUCGGGCUCUGGUCCAAGGCGGGGGUCGCUGCCCUGGGCGGGGACGGGAGAGACAAGAGGGACCUAGCGCCUGGGCUGGGGUGUGAAGGGGGUGACCGUGCAACCCAGAAACCUCAUUCAGGAGUUGACGGGGCGGGCGCUUCUGGGGCGGCACUUCUCGACUCUGGAGUCCCGCAGUCUCCACAGUCAUCUCCGGUGAUCUGCGGCGGUCUGACGCCGCCCCUGCGCAGCAGAAACCGCAGGGCCACGCGCCCCGUGCCGCCGCGCUACGCCGGUUAGUCCCGCGCCCCACGUGCCACUGCCGCUAUGGGCGUGCUGCCGGUACCGGCGGAGGUGCGCGCCAUCCUGCUGGACAUCGAGGGCACCACCACUCCGAUCGCCUUUGUCCAGGACACCUUGUUCCCUUACAUCAAAGACAACGUGAGGGAGUAUCUGCGUGCUCACUGGGAGGAGGAGGAGUGUCAACAGGACAUCGGACUUCUCAGAAAACAGGCUCAGGAGGACUGCAGCUUGGAUGGGGCUGUGCCAAUCCCUUUGGAGAGUGGAAGUGGGGAAGAGGAACUGGAAAAGGUCAUCCAGGCGGUUGUAGACAAUGUUCUUUGGCAGAUGUCUCUGGACAGGAAGACCACAGCACUGAAGCAGCUGCAGGGUCACAUGUGGAAGGCAGCCUAUGCAACUGGGCACGUCAAAGGAGAAAUCUUCAAGGAUGUGGUUCCAGCCAUCCGGAAGUGGCGGGAAGCAGGGAUGAAGGUCUAUGUCUACUCCUCAGGCAGCGUUGAAGCCCAGAAACUUCUGUUUGGAUACUCUACAGAAGGUGAUAUCCUAGAGCUCUUUGAUGGCCACUUUGAUACCAAAAUAGGCGCCAAGGUAGAAAGUGAGAGCUACAGAAGGAUUGCUGCCAGUAUUGGGUGUGCCACCAACAACAUCCUCUUCCUGACAGAUGUUCCUCGAGAAGCAAAUGCAGCUGAGGAAGCAGAUACUCAUGUGGCAGUGGUGAUCAGACCAGAAGAGGUCUCUGACCUUUGCAGAAGACCAAAUGUGCCUUUUCCCUCUCCUUCAGAUGUGCCACAGCAUGAUGUGAGUUCCUCUUGGCCAUUGUUUUAAUUUCUGCUUACUUUGCUGCAGCUCAUUCUGCUUUAUUUUGCUCAGACAACAUGCCAACCUAAGCUGAACCUGACUCAGAAAGAAACAGUUCAUGAGAAACAACUCCCAUCACUCCCCUGUCCAGCCAAUACAGCAGCCUUCCCAGAAUCAGGUUUUCAAGCAGGGGCUUUGAGCUCCCACUUCUGCUUUCUGUUUGAAAACCUGCCUUCAGGAAGGGAGAAAAUCUGGUUCUGCUGUUCCCUCCCUUCAGGGGACCUGGGCGUCGUCAGGGCACCUCUGGCCUAUAGGCUAUAUCACCCAACCUCCAGAACAGAACUGACUCCCUGCACCUUGGAAGCCUGCUUAAACCUGCGGCAGAUUCCACUCCAGAUAACUGCCCAUUGCUAAGGGGUCCAGGCCUAGCAUUAGUAUGUUUGACAAAAAUGCACAAGGUGCAAAACAAAACUCUGUCCAGAACCACCUGCAGUUCUGUUCUGAUUGCAUGCAAGCCCAGUGUCUUUAGAACAAUGUGUACAAAAAAAAUAAAA